UCUACUUGUCAUUCGGGCUUGUACAACAGCUGGAUGCAGCUUGGUGUCAGUUUAGAGUUAGUACAGGAGCAGCUCUGCUCCUUUGAAAACUAUCUUGCAACACUAGGACUCUCAGAUAGUCAAGGAUGAGGUAUCUCCUUUUUUUAGCUGCUGUCUUUACAGAUCUUCGAGUUGAAGCGAUUUCUUGCUUAGAUCAACAGCUUGCCUUCCAGCAAAGCUGCUAUGAGAUUACCCGGCUGUCACGCAGUUUUCAGGGUGCACAGAAAUGGUGUGAACGAGGUGGCGGACACCUCGCCUUCAUCUUGGAUGAGGAAACUCAACAGUUCCUACACGACCAUCUGGAAGUGGAAAAGGACUGGUGGAUUGGGCUAGCUCCAUGGAAACAGAACUUAACCCAGGAUGAAAUGACUACAGAAGGAACACUGUCCUGGCUGGAUGGUACAAGGGUGAUGUAUGAUAACUGGGCUCCAGAACACCAGCCUUCUCCAUCAGCAACAUGCGCUCACAUUCUGAAGAACUCUGUGUACCAUUGGAAGAGUACAGACAACUGCAGCCAGGAGCUCCAUUUCAUUUGUGAAUAUGAGUCCAGCCGAGCCUUUGCCUGUGAUCACUUCAAUGCUACACUACAGUGCGAGUCCGGGGAGGUGAUUCAGAUCAACAGUAGUUUUUACGGCCGCAAAUCUCUCUCUUUCUGCACCUUGGCGUCUGUAACCUCAACCGAACCUCAAGAUUGCAGUUGGAUUGAUGUGAGAGAAAAAGUGAAAGGUCAGUGCCAUGGAUUACAGGCUUGCCAAGUUGGAGCAGAUAAGACAUCCUUUGGUGAUCUUUGUCCAGACCUGGGCAAUUACCUUGUUAUCGACUAUCAUUGCAAAGAAGGUCUUCAUUUGCUAGUUGAUGAUGUGUAUGCAGUCCUGGAAAACGUCACGAUAUCUCAAAAGUGGCUGCUGCAUCCAUAUUCUGGGAACCUCACCUGCACGCUCAACACUGGCGAUGGCUUCGUAAUCGAACCAUAUAAUCCAGACCAGUCCACUAGCAACAAGACUUACCAGUAUCGGACUGUGGGUCUUUUCACUCUCAGUCUUGAGUGUACAUCUAGUGAGUGGCAUGUGAUCGCGCAGAAAAUGGUCUCAAUCCAACAGCCAAUCAAUGGUUUUGGAAUAAUCAAAUGCUACAAUCUCAAUCAAUCUGAAGAAAUUAACGACUGCACAGUUCCAUAUGGAGAUCCGCUGUUGAUUCAGCUUGUGGUUGAAGAAGGUACAAAUGUGACCUAUGUAAUGUUAGCUGGAGCAGUCACCAUUCACACCAUCACCACAUCUCAAGGAUUUAUCCCUCAGAAUGUCUCGCUGGAUAGUGCCAUUCAACAAAUGAUAGGUCCGGGCACCCAUCAGAUCACCGUUCUAGCAAAGAAUAAUGUGACCACUCAAGAGGUAUCUCUGAAUAUAACUGUUCAAUUCGUGGAACCAAUCAGAGGUUUGAAGGCUUCAGUAAACUCUGCUGUUUUGGAGCUGGGAAGUGAUUUGACUAUAAACAUUUCUGUGUCUCAUGGAGCCCCAGUUGAGCUGCAGUUUGAAUUUAUUGGUCCUAACGAGACCUUUUCUGAAGCCAUUGAGAAUCCUGAUGGCAAUCUGGGAGCCUACAGCCUUCUAAUGAAUUCUGAAGGUACUUUUCUGGUUAGGGGAAAAGCUGUCAACGCUCUUUCUAGCAUUAGCUUUAACGUUGGGAACAUCACUGUUGUGGCAAAUAUAUCAUCUCUGAAACCACCUGAUAUUGAUGAUCAAGGCGAUGAAGCCACUGAUUUGUGGACAGAAGCUCCCACAAACUUUAACUGUUUCUAAAACAAACUGUUUGUAAUUUGUUAAUCAUUUAACAAAUAUAGAAC